AGGUGCUGAAGAAAUUGCAGCAAAUGUCAAUACACAAGGAGUUCCAAAGAGUAGGUGCUGCAACACUAAAACAACUUCUUACAAGUGUGGAACAAGUAUUAUGUGGCAUUUAUAACAGGGCCAGUUCCACAGAUCAAAGUGCUCCAGUGGGCACAUACAGGGCGAGAGUCAAAAGAUGAUAUGGUUCCUUCUCCUGGAGACUGGUGCAGAACUGAGGAUUCCUGCUGCUGGUGGGGCAUCUUCUUAGAAGAGAAGCUGGGCUUUCCCCGGACAUUCGCGCACAUGCGCAACAGUGGAAAUACGUGAUUGGCUGAGAAUGAGGGAAGGGAUAUGGGGAACCGCCCAAGAACCGCCCAUCAAACGCCCACAGCUGUAAAGUCCGCGGUAUUGCAUCUGAGCGCCUGAAGGAUUCAUUUCUUCCUCAUCUUCAUUUUCAUGGUGUUAAUAAGACGUAAUUACCAUACCCUGCCAUCCAGGACUGAUGAAUCUAUGGGAUAGAACAGAACUCUGUAUUCUGUAAACGAGCUGAUGGAUGAAGAUGAGAAGGACAGGGCAAAGAGGGCAUCGCGCAACAAGUCAGAGAAGAAAAGAAGAGACCAGUUCAAUGUCCUCAUUAAGGAACUAUGCACCAUGCUGCAAGGCCAUGGACAUCCACUCAAGAUGGAUAAAUCUACAAUACUGCAGAGGACCAUUGACUUCUUACAGAAACAGAAAGAAAUCACAGCACAGACAGAGUCCUGUGAGGUUAGACAAGACUGGAAGCCUUCAUUUCUUAGCAAUGAGGAGUUCACUCAGUUGAUGUUAGAGGCAUUAGAUGGCUUUGUCAUUGCACUUACCACUGAUGGGAUUAUUAUUUAUGUAUCUGAUAGUGUCUCAUCUCUUCUUGGACAUUUACCGUCAGAUUUGGUGGAACAAAAUAUAUUAAACUUUCUGCCUGAGUGUGAACAGAGUGAUGUGUACAAGCUACUUUCUCCACACAUGCUCAUGACGAACCCCGUGGCAACAGAUUUUCUGAACACUGAAAAACAAAUAGAAUUUUGCUGUCAUUUAGCCCGAGGAAACUUAGAUCCAAAUGAACCCAUUACAUAUGAAUAUGUGAAAUUUGUAGUGGAUUUUAAAUAUUUUACUCAUGUGCCUACAUCCUCAUAUAAUGGCUUUGAGUCUGCCAUUGCACGAGUGUUCCGGUCAGCCAACGAAGAGCAGAUCUGCCUAGUAGCAACAGUUCGUCUCGUUACCCCCCAAUUCUUGAAGGAACUUUGCAAUGUGGAAGAACCAUGUGAAGAAUUCACAUCAAGGCACAGCCUGGAAUGGAAAUUUUUGUUUUUAGACUACAGAGCCCCACCUAUUAUAGGUUAUUUACCCUUUGAGGUGCUUGGGACGUCAGGUUAUGACUAUUAUCAUGCCGAUGACCUGGAACUUCUUGCUCGAUGCCAUGAACACUUAAUGCAGUUUGGAAAAGGCAAGUCUUGCUACUACAGAUUCUUGACCAAAGGCCAGCAGUGGAUAUGGUUGCAAACACACUACUACAUCACCUAUCAUCAGUGGAGCUCCAAACCUGAGUUUAUUGUGUGCACUCACACGGUCGUUAGUUAUGCUGAGGUCCGAGCUGAAAGAAGAAGAGAUCUUGGCCUUGAAGAGUCGUCCAUUGAAUUAGCAUCUUCAUCCUUGAAGAGUCAUGGUAGCUACAUGGAUAUCCGACACUGUGUAACCAAUCAAGAAGCCAGUCGGGAAGGAGUGUCUGUCUCAUCUCACAGUUCCCGUCGAUCCUCGCACACGGCACUCUCCGACUCUGCAUCCACGUCAUCUAUACGGCACACUGAUGCCAGCACCUCUACCAGACAGUCGUUGCCUCUAGGCCAGUCGGACAAAGCACCUCUAAGUCGUGCCUCAAGCAGCAGCACACAGGGUAUAAUAACUCCUCAAACGCCCACUGAACAUCUCACACAGCAUCAUAUGGCACAGACCACCGUUCCAGCCCAGCAAACAGUGAUGCCAGUGUAUCACUUCCCAGCCCAAAUAGGGAUGAUGCAUCAGCUAAAGGAGCAGCUGGAAGAAAGGACACGCAUAUUGCAGGCCGACAUCAAGACACAACAAGAAGAACUACACGUGAUCAAAGAGCAGCUACAGCUAGUGCAAGACUCCAGUUUGCAGAUGUUGAUGCAACAGCCUAUGCCCACGGUCUUCAACAAUGUGCAACACCAGAACCCAAGGUGCCCUUCCCAGCAACAAGCAACAACAGUAGGGACCAGACCAGCUACGUCAAAGAAAUCCCAGCAGCAAGGCCUUAUGGGAUCAAAGCAGUUCUGUAGCACGCACUUGGCAUCACCUCAGCAAUUCCUCAAGGACCCUUGUGUCACAUCAUCCCCGGUGCAGCAGCAGCAGCAGCAGCAAAAGCAUGCCGUAAGAGGAAACCAGGUCCAGCAGGCAUGCUUGCCAAUGCAGAUGAGCAUUGCAAUGCCGCUCUACAACAACCCAAUGGUGUUCUCUCAAGCGCACCCUAUUACUCCCUCUACUUCAAUGCCAACCGAAAUUGGUGAAAGGCAACAGCAGUCUGAUUACAACCAAGAUCAGAGUUUAAGGAUGUUGUUAGAUCAAUCUGUGCAGCCCUUGAUAUCCAGUGGGAAUGGGAGCGAUCAGUCUUCACAGAGUAAUACCGGCAGACAGCAGACAAAGUUUGCUCAAGAACAGCAAGGGCUGCCUGCUGCGAUACAGAUGCAGCCAAUCACAUGCACUACCAUCUGCGCUCCCACUCCAUCUCCUGUAUUUACCCCUUCUGUGAUGAUUCCGCAUGCCAGCAUCGCUGCGCAGCAGAGCCAUCCUCCUGGCACCCUCCAUCAGUGGCAGCCGCAUCAAGUUCAACAGCAUCACCUCUAUCUUCAGAUGCAAGGUACAGCUGAACCAGGCCAGAACCAGCACCUAUUCCAGCAAUCUCAUGUACCACAACAGAACACCACCAUGGGCUUUUUCCACCAUCCGCAGACACAGAGCCACCACCUGCAAGGCCAGCCUUGCGGUUUACAAGACCUGCCUGAAAUGCAGCUGCCUUGAGCUGGAGAUGGCAAUCUUGGGAGUAGCGGCUAUGCUGAGUGGACAGAGGGCAAGCAUAGACAGGAGGUCCACCUGGAGGGUGAGGCUUGUACAAAGGAGAGAAAUGCGUCAGAGACAGGGAAGGCCCCAGCAGGAGCAGAGACCAGUGGUCGGAGUGUCUUGCACUUGGACAAAAUCGCACACCCCACCCAGCAGCACAACUCCAGCAAAAUGGGAACAAAAAUCAAGUCUGGCAUUCAUUAACAGCUUGACCUGUAUGUAGUGAGAACAUCUCAUCUACAUCCUGUGGCUAGAGAUGGAGGUAUUUAUAAAAGCAAAUGGAUCCUGAGGAAAGGUUGCUUAGGGAUGCUUCUGUCUGCCAGGACAGAUUCAUUGGCAGAUGUGAUUCCAUGCUCACCUGCAAUAAACAAUUAAACUUGAUUUGCCCAACUGGGGAAAAAUAAUUAUUUUCAGGAGAGCAUAUAGUCCUUAAUGUGGCCACUUUUGCGUUCGAUAAAGCCAUAUAUAUGAAUAUUAUAUAUAUUUAUAGAUAUGGUAAGACAGAUUUCUAGCUUGCAGGUGGUAUUUUCUUUUUAUUAGCCAAGUUUACACGCUGAUGAGUUUGUGCAACAGAAAGCCACACAUCUGCGCAGGAGAAGUCUCCUUUUUCCUUUUUAAAAAAUGUUGCUGAAAUUCACUGUGAAGCACUGUGAACACAGAUUGAACUAUAACCAUCAGCGGGCUACCAUUUAUUUUAUUUUUUCUGUUGUGGAUGUAUUUGUGUAUAUAUAGUUUCAUUUUUGUAAUAGUAGGUCAUGUGUGAAUUACUGGACAUAUUUCCCCACCCUAUCCCAUUACCUGUUUCCUAUAUGUGAAUCCCAUCAUUUCUGUCUGGAUAAUUGGGUAAUGCUGCUACUGUGUAUAACACCACUCUUGCCUGAAUUUCUUCUUUUUGAACCAGCUCCUUUCACUGUUAGAAUUAUGAUGCUUACAAGAAUUUCUCCUAUUUUUGUUGCAAAGUGCAGCCAUAUAAACCUAUCUAUUUCUAUUGCCCAUUUAGCCAAAUAUAUUUUUCAUAAGGUACAAGAAAGAGAUCCUUCCUUUUCUUUCUAUCUUUUCUUUCUCUCUCCCUCCCCAAUGAACCUUUCUGUGGGGAGAUAUCUUGACACCCAAAGACAAAAGCAAACUUUGUGGUUUUGCUACAUAGUGGAUAGAAUUUGGCAAAGUGGAGAUUUCUACCUGAACAAGGAGAUCUGCGAUGUUACAAGUCAGUAGCAUUAGCAAUAAAUUGUAUUUUUUUAAA